ACUGGACGCAGAGGAGAAAAAUUUCUGAAGAGCACAGCAGCCUGAACGGCAGCCUUUCGGCACAGCUGAGAACUACACAGCAAUCAUGAGUGAGGCCACUGAAAAUUCCUUGGAGAGCAGCCUACGGCAAUUAAAAUGUCAUUUCACCUGGGACUUGAUAGGGGAAAGGUCCUUGGAUGAGUUUGAGGACAGAGUAUUGCACAAGGAUGAAUUUCAGAAUAGCGAAUUUAAAGCCACAAUGCUUAACAUAUCAGCCUACAUAAAGCACCGCCGAGGCCAAAACGAGGCAGCCCUGCAAUGCUUAAAGCAGGCUGAAGAGAUAAUCAAGCAAGAACAUGCUGGCCAAGCAAAAAUCCGAAGUCUGGUCACCUGGGGAAACUAUGCAUGGAUCUACUAUCACCUGGGCCAGCUCGAAGAUGCUCAGACUUACGUGGACAAGGUGAAACAGGUCUGUGCGGAAUUUUCCAGUCCCUAUAGAAUUGAGAGCCCUGAGCUUGAUGGUGAAGAAGGGUGGGCACGGCUGAAGUCUACAAUAAAACGAAAUGAAAGGGCAAAGGUGUGUUUUGAGAAGGCUUUGGAAAAGAAACCAAAAAAUCCCGAAUUCACCUCUGGCUGGGCCAUUGCGUGCUCCCGUUUGGACCACUGGCCGCCAUCUCAGGACCCCACUGAUCCUCUGAGGAAAGCCAUCAGACUGAAUCCUGACAACCAGUAUAUUAAAACUCUCUUGGCUCUGAAACUUCAAAGGGUGAAGGACAAGGAUACAGGAGAUGAAGGAGAGAGGUUGGUUGAAGAAGCCUUAAAGGAAGCCCCACAUGCAACCGAUGUACUGCGAAGCGCAGCAAGGUUUUACCGAAAUAAAUGUGCCUGGGAUGAAACCAUAAAACAGCUUAGAAAGGCUUUAGAAAUCAUGCCACACAACCCCUACUUGCAUUACCAAAUUGGGAGCUGCUAUAGGUCACAAGUCCUCCAAUUACUGGAGACAGGAGAGAAGGAAAUAUACGAGGAAAGAGAGAAGUUACUGAAACAAAUAGAACUGGCUGUGAGGCAUUUAAAGGAAGCCAGUGAGAACAGUGGGAAUUUCAGCUGUAUCUAUUCCACCAUGGCCAGUCUCUAUGCUAUAGCUGGUCAGUACACGAAAGCAGGUUACUAUGAGGAAGCAGAGUGUUACUUCCAAAAAGAAUUCAGCCAGGAGCUCACUCCUGUAGCUAAACAAGCGCUCCAUCUGCGGUAUGGCAAUUUUCAGCUGUAUCAGAUGAAAUGUGCAGACAAGGCCAUCCACCAUUUUAUGGAGGGUGUGAAAAUUAACGUGGAAUCAAAGGAGAGAGCAAAGAUGAAAGUCAAAUUGCAAAAAAUUGCAAAAAACCGACUUUCUAGAAAUGAAGCUGAUUCUGAAGCUUUGGAUCUCUUGGCCUUUCUUCGGGAGCUGAAUGGAGAAACACAAGAAGACAAAGACUUGAAGAGAGAUUUGGCCUCAAAACUUCAUUGUUUCAGCAUCUCUAGAUUAGACGUAGAGUGAGGAACAGGAAGAAAAUGCCCACCGGACUACUACUGGAAGGGGUUUGAAACCUUUCCAGCAAGUUGGUAUCCAAAAUAUGUAACUGAUCCAGCAUAAGUGUGGACUAAUGCACUGGCCACAGUACUGGAUCAAGGUUAUGGGGAAACCCUGCUGUGUCAGGGGUUGACUGAUUUUUCACCUCUGUAAUAUCUUCCCAUCUGUGGAGUCAUUUUAGGUUCUGUAUAGGUUGGCUUUGCAUAGAUAGUAAGGUGCUGUGUUCAUGAAAAUGCUGAGAGAUUAAAGUUGUCAAUAUAGGGCUGUGUGCUCUUUCUCUCUCUCUCCCUCCCUCCCCACUCUGUCUGUCUCUAAGACACACACACACACACACACACACAGUCUCCUUACUCUUCCUCCCCAGCCGAUCUUCCAUCUUGAGUGCCUCAACCAAAAUGAGCUCAAUUGUCACAUUAACUGGGUUUGCAACCUGGUUUGAAAAAGAGCAGAGAACAUGCCAAAUCUUGAAGAGACAGACCUAGCAGAACCAAUGGAGUUUGGCGGCCACAGUACUUGACUUUCAGGAAGCACCCUGGGGUGACUUUGUCUUCACUCUACCCUCUCUGAAACUGUACUACAGCAUAUAAAAAAGAAAAGGGGAUACCGUACAAUACACUAGAAACUAAAACAUAUAGUUCUUCAGAACUUGUAUACUAAAAUAAAUGUUUCCUCAGUAGAGAUAGGCAAAAGAGAGAAUGGAAUGCUGAUUUAUUUCUGUAGAUUGUGAUCACAUGGAGAAAUUUUCAUGUUUGAAGGUACUAUUAGUAAAAUUUCUUUGUAAAAGGGAGUCUAGUUUUCUCCAAAAAAUUUUUGAUGAACCCAGGUUUGAGACAAUGGGAAAGUAGCUGAAUUAGAGAAUAAUUUGGUAACUAAGAGCCUCAUAGAAGGUCUUGGGAAAUAACAUUGACUGGAGGUUGAGGCUUUUCCCCCAUUAGAAAUUGUGCAUACUAAGUGACAUAAACACUACUUUCAACUUUGAAAAAUCUUCUGA